AUGGCGGCUGAGCUUUACUUUGAGCAAUGCUGGGCUAUUCUGAGCACUAUCGGCAUCUCGAACGUUUUCCUGGGCUUCAUCGUCAUCAGCAUCACGAAAUUCUCAAGCAUCGCGCUGGUCCCGAUCAUCACGAGCAUGGCCUGUGCCAUCGCGAAUGGGCUAUGUUUCCGAAUAUUCUACACGGAUAGUUCACCAUUGGACAGGGCGCUCGCGUCCGCGUUCGCCGAUACUUUCUGGCUGGUCCAAGAAGCCGGCAUAUCAUUCUACUCGUACGCCAUGUUGACUCACAUGUUGACGGGCCGCAGUCGGACAAUUUACCUGACGGCCUUCUGGAUUCUGUUUGCCGGCAUCACCGGCCUUCGCGGCACGAUCUUGAUAGCUCGAGUCGUGGGCAUUUACGACGAAACCAACAACACUGCCUCGAAGGUUGUCGACUUUGCUCACGUCGGAUAUUUUGUGCUCCUGGCGCUUCUGGAAUGUCUGAGCGCCUUCUACUUACUCCGGAAAUUCGCGUCGACGAAGAAGAGGUCGUUGAGGGCUGCGCUGAACAUUAGCUUGUGGGGUCACUUGAUGCGCAGCACGGAGAUACGAGUGUCUUCUCUGGCAUUGAUCGGGGUGUCGAGGUCCAUCACCUACACUUUCCACCCGUCGCUACUGAACACGCCUACCACGACUCCCAGACAGAUCGACCGAUUUGUGUACACCUUGGAAUGCAUCUUUCCUGUCAUUCUUUAG